AUGAAGAUAUCCUUAGAACAAGUUCAGUUUGAAGAAAACAUUAUAUCAGGUCAAAUAUCCAAUUUCAAAGUUAUUCACAAUGUAAUGUAUAUCAUCACUAAUGCUGAUUCUACUGUAGUCUUUAUUAUAAACCUAGAUACCCCAGAUAAAAUUGAAAAAUUAAAAGUCCCCGUCUUAAACAAGGAGGAAAAGAUUACUAGAAUGUGGGGUUUAAAUGAUACAAAUGGGGGUGUUCUAUUCAAAACUAACUUGGGUAGAUAUUUUAAGUAUUUCGCUGCUGAUGGGAAAACCUUUUCUUUAGAACUAUUAAAGAAAUUGAGUAAAAAAAGCAACUUUCAUAUAACUAGUGUUAAUCCCUGCCAUGACGGGAACUCUGUUUUACUAGGAACUAAAGAGGGGAAAUUAUAUCAAUAUUUUAUGGUUGAAGAUAAAUUAACCAAGCUUUAUCAAUUUGCCAAUAGCAAAAGUAUAGAUGGAAUAUUAUGCGAUAAAGAAAAUAUCCUAGUUGUUUCUAACACAUUUAUUUGUAAAUGGAGUAACGUGGAUCUAUUAAAACAAAAAUUCACUGCACCUCACGAAACUGAGUAUUUUGAUAAUGGUCCUAAUAAUAGGGGGGUUACUCGUCACAAUACUUUUGCAACUUAUAAUAUGUCCAAAUUUGCAUGGGUCACCAAAACGGGGGUUUUAUUUGGGGAUCUAACAGAUAAAUUGUCAAAUAUUAAAAUUCUAUUGAAUUUGGAAUUACCAAAAAAUAAUUCAAAAGAUACUCCAUGUGUUGUUUCUGCUGUGGGUAUUACAGAGUUUUAUUUAUAUCUUUUGGUUAAUAAAUCCCAAAUAGUCAUUGUUAAUCAAUUAACGAACAAAAUAGUAUUUCAAGAGGUUCUUUAUUUUGAAAAUGAGAAAAUUAUAGGUUUGGAUAUAGACGAAAAUAACGGGACACCAACCUACUGGACUUAUUCCAACAAAAAUGUUUAUGAAAUAGUGAUUAAAGAGGCAUAUACAAAUCUCUGGGAUAUUUUGUGCGAUUCGCAUGAAUAUGAGAAAGCUUUGGGUUUGAAUGAUUUACCCCUUUUAAUCAAACAAAUGAUUUAUAAAAAAAUGGGGAAUUACUAUUUAACGAAAGAUCCUUUGAAGGCUGCAAUUUCUUUUGCAAAUUCAAAUAGCGAUUUCACAUAUGAAGCUUUAAAAUUGGUGGAUAAUAUUAACGCAUUACAAGCGUUUCUUUUGCACCGUUUGAAAACGGCCAACUUGACAAAAGUUCAGAGGAAAAUACACACUAGCUGGAUCAUUUGGAAUUAUUUACAGAUGAACAUCGAUGAUAAUGACCAUGACGACAAAACCCCAGAAACAGCAAAGCCUAAUGAGCUUAGAAAGUUUUUGCUGGAAAACAAGGAUAAUAUUGAUUCUAAAACUGCGUAUGAAUUAUUAAAUUAUCAAAAUAAAAAUUCUGAUUUGCUUUUUUUUGCAAAUUUGAUUAAGGAUUAUAUUUUUAUACUAAAUUACUGGAUUAAAGAAGAGAAUUGGUAUAAAGCUUUGCAAACACUAGUUUUAUUGGCAGAACCGAGCUAUGUUUACCAAUAUGCUACAAUAUUAUUAUGUAAGUCGCCAGAAUGCACAGUGACAACAUGGAUGCGACUAUCGAAUUUUAUUCAAAUAGACCAAGAAAAACUAAUUCCUUCCAUUCUAUGCUAUUUUUCAAAUUUUUACUGUAAAGAAAUUUGCACCUUUUCGGACACUGACAAUCAGGGAGUAGUUAUUAAUCACGGAUUAAUAUAUUUAAAAUGGGUUGUUACCUCUUUUAUUUCUUCUCCUUCUGCUGCUAACAACAAUAAUGGUGUAUUAUCCACCACUGCUAAUAAAACAAUGAGUCCACUGAUAUACAACACCAUUUUAUAUAUGAUGAUACUUGAUAACAAAACAAACGAUGAGCAUGAGAUCAUAGAGUUUAUGUCAAAGUAUCCUAAUAAGUACGAUACUUUUUUCAUUUUGGGUUUAAGCUUGAAAUUUAAAAAAUUUGAAACGGCAAUAUAUCUUUACACCGAAUUAACUAUGUUUGAUGAAGCGGUUAAUUUAGCAUUGAAUAAAAAUAUGCUAAUAUGUGCAAAAGAUGUAGCGAGGAAAAGCGAUGAAUCGAAAACCAAGAAACUCUGGUUAAAAAUAGCACGCGCAACUUUGUUAAACAUAGACAAUGGGAACCCUGUGGCCAGCAACAGCAGCAAUGUUUCCAGCAAAUCUACAAUGGUUAAUGGUGCACAAGCCGAAGGUAUUAAUUCUUCGACAACAGCAACGACAACAAGUCUUGGCACAGGCACAAAGUCCGUUACUGCCGUGAAAGUAACUUCUAAUGGUAGUAUUGCCACUACCGUCAGUAGUAUUUCCGCUGCAGACAGUAGUAAAGAUGUUAAGCAAAUCAUAAGUGAUCUAAUUGUUGACUCUGCUGGGGUUUUAACCAUUAAGGAUCUUUUACCUCUUUUCGAUGAUAUUACUACGAUAGCCAAUAUUAAAGAUGAGUUCAUUAAAAGUGUAAACCAACACGCAGAAUUGAUGAAGGAAAUAUCUCAAGAAAUUACCGAUUUAGUGAGGAUCAAAAAAAAUAUUUUACAAGAUAUUGAAGCAUUUCAAGAUAGAUAUGUUAAAAUUGAAGCUGGUUCCCACUGUGACAGUUGUCAUGAAUUGUUACAGAAUAAAAAAUUUUACGUUUUCCCCUGUGGACAUAAUUUCCAUCUCAAUUGUUUGGUUAAACUUAUUCUAAAAGGUGGUGAUUAUAUUUUGAAAAGUAAAUUAGAGAAUCUUGAAAGGAAAAGAAAAUUGAAUUCUGGAUUUAAUAAAAAAAUUAUUAAAGAUUUGGAUGAGCUGCUAUCAACUAAAUGUCCAUUAUGUAGUGAUAUCAAUAUUAACAACAUUGAUGAGUCAUUAUUUUAUUCUUUACCUAAUUAUAAUCCAGAGGAUAAAAAUAAAGUAGAAAGCGAUUGGUGUUUAUAG